GAUUCACAAAAAAUGGCAACAGUGUUUAAGGAUGAGAAGGAUCUGCAACCUAUGACCUGGCUUCACAAGUUCUGCUGUCGUAUCUUGAAAGCGGGACCAAUUCCCAAACAUGUUGCCAUCAUCAUGGAUGGCAACAGAAGAUUCGCCAAGAAGCAUCAAUAUGACAGUACACUUGGACAUGCAAAAGGAUUUGAUAAAUUAGCAGAGACUUUAAUGUGGUGUUCGGAACUAGGUAUCAACGAGGUAACAAUAUACGCAUUUAGUAUAGAAAACUUCAAAAGAUCAAAGGAAGAAGUGAAUUACAUAAUGGAUCUUGCAAGGGAAAAAUUCCAUCGGCUUCAAGCAGAGAAGUAUGUA